CACAGAACAAAGAUGGCGUCUUUCUGCCGCGCCGCCGCCGCCACGGUCAGGGCGGCCGCGCGCCGGCCGAGAUCCCCGGCGGCGAGCACGUUCCAGUCGGCGAAGCAUCCUGCCUCUCCUCCCCGCCUCCGCAGGUCCUUCGUGGCGGCGGCGCUGGCGAGCGCUGAUUCUUUGAUGCCGCUGCACAGCGCGGUGGCGGCGUCUAGGCUCCGGUCGUGCAUCGCCGCAGACUCGUCCUGCUGGAGCUGCCUCUCCCAAGGUUUAAUGAAGCGCAUCUGAUCCUGGCUAAGGACAUAAUGUGAAAGAGAAUGGAUUAUGCACUACUGUGUUAUGAUAUAAUGUUUCCAGACCUUCCCUUUCUUAUGUAAGGAGUAGGGCUCAAUCAGAUUUUCUUGAGGAAAUUACAACAAUGAAAUUUCUGAUGAUCAUAUCAGGACCAUCUCUUUUAUUUCCAAAUUUAGCUUGAUUGUUCUGUGAAGUAGCAGACCUAUCAGUCCUGGAUGACAUGCCUGCUGCAUGAGUGUGACUUAUUCCCUAAAUCUAACAAUUGAUUGAUCGUGCUGUUUUUCUUGUUUGUGUGUGUUAACAUUUUUUGCUUGA